AUGGCGGGCACAGGCUUAGUUGCCGGAAAGGUCGUGGCAGAUGCACGGCCGUAUUUUGACCAAGGUUAUGAAGCGCCCGGCGUGCGGGAAGCGGCUGCGGCGCUGGUGGAGGAGGAAACCCGUAGAUACCGACCUACCAAGAACUACCUGAGCUACCUGACGGCCCCGGAUUAUUCUGCUUUUGAAACCGACAUAAUGAGAAAUGAAUUUGAAAGACUGGCUGCUCGGCAACCAAUAGAAUUACUUAGUAUGAAACAGUAUGAACUUCCAGCCCCUUCCUCGGGUCAGAAAAACGACAUUACCGCAUGGCAAGAAUGUGUAAACAAUUCAAUGGCCCAGUUAGAGCAUCAGGCAGUUCGAAUUGAGAAUCUGGAACUAAUGUCACAGCAUGGAUGCAAUGCCUGGAAAGUAUAUAAUGAAAAUCUAGUUCAUAUGAUUGAACAUGCACAGAAAGAGCUCCAGAAGUUAAGAAAACAUAUUCAAGAUUUAAACUGGCAGCGAAAGAACAUGCAGCUCACAGCUGGAUCUAAAUUAAGGGAAAUGGAGUCAACUUGGGUAUCCCUGGUCAGUAAGAAUUACGAGAUUGAAAGGACUAUUGUGCAAUUAGAAAAUGAAAUCUUUCAAAUGAAGCAGCAACAUGGAGAGGCAAACAAAGAAAAUAUCCGGCAAGACUUCUAAAACUACAAACUUCGUGGGAAGAAAAG